AUGAGGAUUAUUAUACUCACUCUACUUGUGGCCGUAUGCGUAAGCGCUGACCUGUUCGACCUCAAGAAAAAAAUCUUGGUUAAAAGCCUCAAAGGGCUCAUCAAGCACGAAGUCAACAAAAGAAUAAAAAAGACUAUGAAUCGCAUUAACGAGGCCAUCAAUAGCAAAAUGAUGGAUUUCCGCAAAAAAUUGAGCGGAUACAAAAAAGAGAUGCUGCGGAAGCUUCACCUGUCGAAGGAACAAAGAAAUGAGCUUGUAGAAAGACUGAAGAUGCUGAAAAGAAAAACUAUUGAUAAAGUUCUACCGACAGGAGACUCAAUUGAGGAGACAAACGUAUGGAGCAAAAUUGCAGACAAAUUAUUCCAGGGAGAUAUAGUUCUCACAAAGUCUGUUUACUUGAUUUCUCCAUACGAGCAGUGGAAAAUUUGUGUAAUAUUAAGGAAACAACAAAAACAAGUUAUCGCAGACAUUCUCGGCAUCCGUUCUAAGCGACAGACUAUGUAUGAUGGAGAAUACCCUGGUAUGAGGUGGACGAAGGGAGUCCGCUACUUCUUCGACGAAAGCGCGAGUGAGCAAGUUCAAAGUGUGUUCAAGAAAGCUGCACACCAGUGGAUGUCUGAUACAUGUAUCAACUUCAUACCGACCAAAUUCGGAGAAGACAGUAUACGAGUGUUCGCGGACAAUGGAUGUUGGUCCUAUGCUGGUAGAAUUGGUGGUGUGCAAAACCUCUCCCUGGGUGAAGGAUGUGAAAGUGUACGGUCUUAUGAAGAUUUCCUGUGA